AUGCUCCAAAAAAUAACCAAAAAUACACCUUACAUAUUCAUAAGUCCAAAAGGCCCCCCUUACUGGCCCCAACACCAUAACAGACACCCUGAUAUACUCGACUUCUUUUUAUCGUCACUACCUAGACACAUAAAACAUUCUGUUAACAAUCUAAAUGACCUAAGUUCGGAUCACAUCCCUAUCCUUUUAACUACGAUUGCAUCAAUUGAACCAACUCCUCCACAUCCAUCAUUACCUCAAGGUCCAAUCAAAUGGGACGAAUUUUCCGAAAUUAUGCAAAACACAACUUAUCUAAAUAUAUCCUUUAAAAAUAAGGAGGAUAUAGAAAGCGCUGCUCGAAAUCUUGUAACGUCAAUUCAAUCUGCCAUAUUUAAAUCCUCAAACCCAAAAACACAAUCAAGUAAACACAAUACAAGCAAUCAAUCUCUGCCUAUAAAUAUUACAAAUCUGAUUUCCGAAAAACGGCGUGCACGCUCUAGGUGGCAAAAAUAUCACUAUCCAUCUGAUAAAAAUCUGUAUAACCACUUAGCGAACACUAUAAAAAAAUUAAUAUUAAAGCAUAAAUGCGAAUAUUUUAAAAAUAAAUACCAAUCACUAAACCAAAUAGACGAUUCUCUUUGGAAAACAACUAAAAAUUUACUUAGAAUAAAGGAACAACUCCCUCCCAUAACAGACUCAGACGGCUCCUUGGCCAUCUCCGAUAUCGAGAAAGCCAAUCUGUUUG